GAAGAGCGAAACCAAAUGAAAGAACGAAACAGCCAACAAACACCAAAAGCGCUCUCUUCUCUCUUCUUCAGUUCUUCUUCUUCAUCUCCAAUCCCUUCACUGCCACAAUCUCUAACCCCAGAAACCCUAGCCCUCGAUUUCUAGCACUGUGUAUUCUCCACUGCAGCUUGCUCACUCUCCUCGGCCGGGUUCUCUCGAUCGAUUCCGGCCGCUUCUGGCCGCACCCAGCUGCAAAUCUCGAGCUGAGCAGCCCGGUACUGCUUCAAAAUUUCAAAUUUGGAGGGCCCCGAUUGAGCUCUGGUGCUGAGGCCCGUGCUGGGUCGUGUCUGUUUCUUGGGUCACUUCCGUUUCUUGAAGGGGGGGAAUUGAGUCCUGAGAGCUUGGUUCAUCUGCGAAUUCGGGGAAAUUUGAGCUUGGAUUUGAUGGGGGAAGGGGAGGAUCCUGGCAAGGAGAAGCAAUCGGAUGCGGCUGCAAACGCCGGUAUCACGGGGGACCACCCCGCCAAGAAGCUAGCGAGGCAGCUCGAUUUCACAGGGUUUAGCGGGGACAACCCGGGGGGCAGUAGCUCGGCUCUGCCGGAGCAUCCACAGACACAGACGCUGGCCCAAACUAAGGAGGCUCCGGUACCACUGGCCCCGGCCCCGGCACCGUCCGCGGCCGCGGCACCGGCACCAGCUCGGCCUGUCCCUCCAAGGGUACCUCAUCCCGUAGUUAGGGCAGUAAAACCCGAAUCCCCUAAGGCAAGACCGAGAUCGAAUGCAGAUGGAAAAGAUGGCACGCCAAAGAAACAAAAACAGUGCAACUGUAAACAUUCACGAUGCUUGAAGCUGUACUGUGAGUGCUUUGCAUCGGGUAUAUAUUGUGAUGGAUGCAACUGCAUGAACUGUCAUAACAAUGUUGAGAACGAAGCUGCCAGGAGAGAGGCAGUUGAAAAUACUCUUGAACGUAACCCAAAUGCAUUCAGGCCAAAAAUUGCUGGUAGCCCUCAUGGAAUACGAGAUAGCAGGGAGGAUAUUACUGGCGAAACUUUACUGUCAGCAAAGCACAACAAGGGUUGUAAUUGCAAAAAAUCAGGUUGCCUUAAGAAGUACUGUGAAUGCUUCCAAGCCAACAUCCUCUGCUCCGAAAAUUGUAGGUGUAUGGACUGCAAGAAUUUUGAAGGAAGUGAAGAAAGACAGGCUUUGUUCCAUGGCGACCAUUCCCACAACAUGACAUACAUUCAGCAGGCAGCAAAUGCUGCCAUCACUGGAGCUAUUGGAUCCUCGGGUUAUGCAUGUGCUCCAUUAUCUAGGAAGAGAAAAGGCCAAGAACUCUUCUUUGGGUCGACAGUGAAAGAUCCGUCCAAUCAAAGAGUUGAGCAAUUCCCUCAGGGAAACCAUGUAAGAGCUGCAACUUCCUCUUCCUUAUCUUCUAUUCCUGUUGCCCCAGGUGGGGGCCCUGCCUUAUUGGGCCCUUCCAAAUAUACGUAUAGGUCUCUGUUAGCUGACAUCAUCCAACCGCAAGAUGUGAAGGAGCUUUGCUCAGUUCUAGUGGUACUGUCUGAAGAAGCUGCAAAGACGCUUGCUGAACAAAAGGAUGCAAAAGAGAAACUGGUCACAGAACAGACAGAAACUUCCCUCUCAUUGUCAGCAAAACAAGGGACUCAAAACCAGGAAGUAGAUGGUGACAAAACUGUGGCUGAAGACCGUUCCAGUGCAAGUCAGGCACCUGAUAAGAGUGGUCGAGACGAAUCCGACACAGAAGCUUCUGCUGAUGCCCCAACUCAGAGGCCAAUGUCUCCAGGGACACUGGCUUUGAUGUGUGAUGAACAGGACACAAUGUUCUUGACGUCUGCUUCCUCAAAUGGAUUGAUGGGCGCUGGUGGUAAUUCAAAUCCACAGUUGCCCCCUGGUAAAGGGAUGACGGAAAUUUAUAGAGAACAGGAGAGGCUGGUAUUAACGACGUUACGGGACUGUCUUAAUAAGCUUAUCACGGUCGGAGAAAUAAAAGAAACGAAGUACUCAUCGCUGGCGAGAGCGGAAUCAGGAGGUCAGGAAGACCCAAUCAACAAUGGAACAGCAAGUGAGAGAAGCAGAGCAGGAGAUAAACAGAAUCCAGUGAGUAAUGGUCUCACGAAACCGGUUCCUCCUGCAGGCAAGCCUUCUCAGGCUACAGCAGUUACAGCUGUUGCCUCUACUUAUAUUGAUAUUGCAAAAAACCAGCUCCCUUCUGAAAAUGGAAGCAGCCAACAGAAGAUCGAAAAAGCUAAUUAAUAGAUGCUCGCAUUGGACCAACUUCAACUGCAAGGCUCGACCAGAGAAAUAUCUGGCCGAAACUUAACUAGGUUGGCCAAAAGGAUCAUUCUUCGAGUGAUACCAAUAUUGGAGGUGGAUUUCAGUUUCGGCUUUUGUUGGUUGCGAUGCUGCGAGAGAGACUGCACAGCAUGAGUGUCUAUAACAGUAAUGCUUAGAUCUUAAGAUCUUUCAAUUUUUUCUUGUAGGAUUUAGUUUAGUUGGUAAUAUAUUCCGAAGUAGAAUGUAAACUAAAUUAAAGAGCCGUAGGGGUGAUGCAGAUGAUACUUGUAAGGAUUUCUCGAUUGAUUUCCGAAUGAAUAAAGGUCAAGGUUAUAUGAUUUUUCAUGAA